AUGGCACCGGGAGGCAUUACAGGCCGCACGAGGCCUACAAAGCCGAAGAAGCAGGCCCGGGCACAGAAGCGCAAGCGGGACGAUGUGGACGUCGAGAAGCUGGAGCAGGCGGUUGCGGAGCUGGACCCGAAAGGAACAUACAAAAGCUUCGCAGACCUGCCCCUCUCAGAGUCUACCAAAGCCGGCCUGAAAGCGUGCCACUUCGCCGCCCUGACUGACAUCCAGGCCAAAGCUAUACCGCUGGCGCUGAAGGGAAUGGACAUUCUAGGCGCAGCAAAGACAGGCAGUGGAAAGACUUUGGCAUUUCUUGUGCCGGUGCUAGAGAAUCUAUACCGUGCGCAGUGCGUCGGCGCGGAUGCUGGACUGAGCGCCAUGAUCAUCUCGCCCACCCGAGAGCUCGCGAUCCAGAUAUUCGAGGUUCUGCGCAAUGUCGGCAAGAGAGGCCAUCUGUUUGCCGCGGGUUUGAUUAUCGGUGGGAAGAGCUUGCAGGAGGAGCGAGACGCAUUGGCAAGAAUGAACAUUGUGGUGUGCACACCUGGUAGAAUACUGCAACACUUGUCGCAGACAGCAGCUUUCAACGUGGACAACCUUAGGAUGCUGGUGCUGGACGAGGCGGACCGUAUCCUAGACAUGGGCUUUCAGCGCGACGUCGAUGCUAUAGUCGAGUAUCUCCCCAAGGACCGGCAAACCCUCCUGUUCAGCGCCACACAGACGAAAAGAGUGUCCGACCUCGCCCGCCUGAGCCUCAAGGAACCGGAAUACGUCUCUGUCCACGAGUCCGCUUCAACCGCCACGCCCCAGACGCUCCAGCAGAACUACAUCCUGACGCCUCUCCCCCAAAAACUCGACACCCUGUGGUCCUUCCUCCAAUCCAGCAAAAAGUCCAAAAUAAUCGUCUUCCUCUCCUCCGGAAAACAGGUCCGAUUCGUCUACGAAGCUUUCCGACACAUGCAGCCCGGCAUUCCCUUGCUCCACCUGCACGGUCGCCAGCGUCAAACCGCCCGGCUAGACAUAACCUCCAAAUUCGCCGCAGCCAAGCACUCCUGCCUCUUCGCGACCGACGUCGCAGCCCGCGGCCUCGACUUCCCCGCCGUAGAUUGGGUCGUGCAAGUCGAUUGCCCCGAGGACGCCGACACCUACAUCCACCGCGUGGGCCGCACCGCGCGGUACGAGCGCGACGGGCGCGCGGUGCUGUUCCUGGACCCGAGCGAGGAAGCAGGCAUGCUAGCGCGGCUCGCGGCGCGCAAAGUGCCGAUUGAGCGGAUCGGGGUCAGGGAAAAGAAGCAGAGCUCCAUUAGGGAUCAGCUGCAACAUAUGUGCUUCAAGGACCCUCAGCUCAAGUAUCUAGGCCAGAAGGCGUUUGUGAGCUAUGUAAGGAGCGUGCAUAUUAUGCGGGAUAAGGAGGUGUUUAGGCUCGGGGAGUUGGCGCUAGAGGAGUUUGCGGCGAGUUUGGGAUUACCCGGGGCGCCGAGAAUCAAGUUUUUGAAGGGGGAUAAUGCGAAGGAGUUGAAAAAUGCGCCCAGGAGGGGCGUGUCUCCAUCCUCUGAGGAGAGUGAGGAUGGGGAACAAAAGGGCGAGGAGGAUGCCGCACCGCAGAAACCGAAGCCGAAGAAACAGGAUGCGGUCCGCACAAGAUACGACCGCAUGUUCGAGCGCCGCAACCAGGACGUUCUGGCGGACCAUUACACCAAACUCGUCAAGGACGAUGAGGACGGCUUUAAUGGAGACGACCAGGCCCCUGAAGACGACUUUUUGAGCGUCAAGCGCCGUAUAGCCGUUGACACCGACACCGAUACCGACGCCGACGCCGAUCCCGAGGACACCACCCCCACCGCUCCACCUGCGGAAGCAAAGAAAACAGUCCGCAUUCCCGGCGCCGCACAGGCCCUUGUUAUCGACUCCAAGCGCCGCGAAAAGCUGCUGAAGAGCAAGAAGAAACUGUCGAAGCUGAAAGGGGGGAACAAGAAACUCGUCUUCGAUGAUGAGGGCAACGCGCACGAGAUCUACGAGCUUGAAGAUGAAGAGGCGUUCAGGCAGCGCGGCGCGCCGGAGGAGCAGCGGGAGAGGUUUGUGAGGGAGGCGAGGGAGAGGGUUGGCGUCGCGGAUGUGGGGGAUAAGGCGCUCGCGAAGGAGAAGAAGAGGGAGAAGAGAGAGAAGCGGAAGAGGAGAGAGAGGGAGGAGGAGGGUGCUGGAGGGGUUGAGGUGGAGCGAGAUGGCGAGGGUGCGGACGCUUUUGCGGACUUCGUGAGGGAUACGGCUGGUUUGGUGGAGGAAGGGGGUGAUGAGGAGGAACGGCCACAGAAGAAGAGGCCGAAGAAGUGGUUUGAGGAUGAAGACAGCGAGGAAGAGGGAACGAGGAAUGGAAAGAGCAAGCGGCGCAAGGCGGCAGAGCGGGCUGAACCCGAAACGUUGGAGGACCUGGAGGCACUCGCCUCAGGCUUACUCGGUGCUUGA